CAGAGCCGUAAAGCCAGUUGACAAAAAUUAAUUGUUUACCUGUCGUAAAAAUUCGUAAAUUAUUGUUCAAAUCUAAACAAAAAUCAAUUCAAUGUUAUUUAAACUGCUAUUCAAUUAAUUGCCUUUCUCCAAGCUACAGUCUGCACCAGUUUUAAUAAAUAUCACGCGUACUGUGUGAACGCCAAAAUUCAGAAAAUGAGGACUAGUGCACAGCAAUUCGAACAGCUUGUGAAUUUUAUGGAACGCCAUGGCGAUCUUAAUAAGCCUGCUGAUGGGCCGCACGGCAGGAUUCGAGCGAUACAGAUGUGGGAGGACUUGACAAAUCUCCUCAAUCUGGAUGUCAGUGGCGACCAUAAGAGUAUAGAUAAGUGGAAAAAGGUAUGGAGUGACUUCAAGAACAACACGAAGCGCAAGGCGGCAAAGAUCCAGCAAGCUUCAGCCAGUGGAGGCUCGGCCACCAAACUGGCAAUGUCAGAGCUGGAGCAACGCGUGCUACGCAUCGUACAGGCACAGGGUCCUGCCAGCAUGGCAGAAGAGUAUGUAGUGCCAAACAACGAGUGGACGGGUUCGCGCCUAUCAACCCAAAACGCAUUGCUUGUGGAAAAGCCAUUUGACGCAUCCUCGAAGUCUGAUGAGGACAUCAAGGUUCAGAACUUGGGCAGAAGUGGUCACUCGACGCCCAUAGCUUGGGAGAUGAGCGUGUCGCCGGCCGCCAGCCCCGCGCCCGCGGGCCGCUCGCCGCGCUCCCCGCGCGCGCGCCGCGUGUACCGCCGCCACUCGGCGCUGCGGCGCGGCGCGCGCGCUCCCGAAGACCGGAUCGCCCACAUCCUGAGGGUCUUCGCCAACGAGAGCCUCCGACUGCGGCGGCGGGAGCUCGAGCAACAGGCGCAAUGGCAGAGUCUAUUUGGAAAAAUGGUGGAUGUGCUCAAUAAGUUCUUGAACAAAUGAAAUUGUCAUAUCUACCGUGUCAAGUGGAUUUUGCCACCGAGCUUUGUUGGUAACGAAUGGGGGACAUAGUUCGGUGCAUCGGUGGAUGUUGAGAUCCUGAGGUGCUGGAAUGUGCACCGGCACUCGAAAGCAGUGUUGGCGGACCCUUGACUAAACAUCUGGGUUGGUCAGUCUAUGUGUAGUCAAUUAUGCAAACUUUAACAUUUUUUACAACAUUCAAAUAAUCCGGCACUCCAGAAUCAUCAAGCGUGGCAGUCCGAUGCGACGAUGGCGUUAUGAAUUAGAUAAAACUCUUAGGAGACCCAUAGUAGCACAGAAUAGGAAUUGGUGGAAAAAUCGGAGGAAGGUCUUUGCCCAGUCAUAGGACGAUACAGACUAAUUUAGAAUAAGAACAUUAAAAAGUGUGAAAAUAUUACUUUUUUAGGGCUCCGUAUCCGAAGGGUGCCGUCCGUUAGUCUACUCUGCUGUGCGUUAGUCUGUCGGCAGUAUCUGGUAAACUAUAAUAGGUAGAGAGUUGAAAUUUUCGCAGAAUGUGUAUUUAUAUUGCCGCUAUAACAACAAAUAAUAAAAAUUGAAGUGUUAUUUCUCGUACGGUACGGGACCCUUCGUGUGUGAGUCCGAUUCGUACUUGACUGAUCUUAUUUAUUACAAAAAAUUCUAUGACAAACUUUUGAUGUACAUUUUCUAUUGCCUAAUGCCUCAAUAAUGUUUUUCAAAUAAAUGAUUUGUAUUUUUACAAAGGCGACAUACAGUUCGUAUUGCAAUGAACAAGCCUUUAAAGUAAUUAGAGAUUUGAGAAUCUUGUGACCAACCCGGAUUCAUUGCUGGAGAGUGUAUAAUAUAUACAUAUUAGAUCAUAAAAAUUAAUUGCUCUUGACUAGUUUUAAGUGAAUCGUGAAAUGGUGAUAGUUUAGAGCAAGUCAAGGUUUGUUUGGUUUUGCAAGAGUUGUGAUGAACAUAAAAGUUGCUAGAUCACAAAAUAUUAGGUAGUUAGUAUACAAAGCAUUCCGGAGUGCUCUCACAUAAAGGUUCGAAAACAAAAUAUGUUAAGUGGUGAAGUUGUAAUACAUGUAACAAAACUUGUUUCAGAGUUUUAUUUUUAUAGCAUAUAUUUUAAUAAAACUAAUUAAUAAAACA